CUCCCCCCUCUGCAAAGGUGGGGAUCCUACCGUGACCGCUUUUCAGCGCAGUCCCAUUUACUGCCUCUUGCAGAAGGCCGUUGACUCCAGCCCUGAGCGGUGUCUUUCCUGGGGAGGGCUGGGCGAGAAGCUCCGGGGGUUCGGGACCCCCAGCCGCCGCAGCCCCUCGGCCGCCUCUUAUUUGCGGUGUUUCAUGUGCAGCACAGCACAAUAAUAUCUGAAAACGGGGUAGUAAUGUGUUGCUGGCAGGUGUAUUUGCUUCCGUGAGCAGCUCCUUCUCAGUUGCUUUCAGAGUUUUGCUUCUCUUUAAAAUUUGCUGUUUGGAUUUCUUGUUGGAAUGAUGGAAAUUUUCUGUAAAGUUAAUUUAUUUUCAGAAUUGAGGUUAUAUUGUAUUUCAGUUUCUCUCCAUUUUUUGCAUAUUUUAGGUCUUUUCUGUCCUGUGGUAGCUAGGUUUUUAGCACUGGCAGCCCUUCCUUGCUUUACCCGAUGCCUGACUGUGAAUAUUGACACACAGAACCGCUGCAGAUAAGUUCUUCAGCAGCCCUGGUCCGCAUAUGCCUAUGGUCUGCGAUUCCUAAUGUUUUUAUCUUUAUGACACUUGUUUCAAUAGGGAAAUACUAUCUCAGUCACAGAUGGAAAGACUGAGGCACCGAAAUAUUUAUGGCCCAAGGUCACGCAGGAAGUAUGUGGUGAGGCAGGGAAUUGAAUCUAGAUUUCCUGAGCCUCAGAUUAGCAUUUUAACCAGGGAAGCAUCCUCCCUGCAUUUUAAACCAAUAAAUUGACUUUGGAGUUAAUAUCCAGUAUAAAAGAAAACACUUCUUGUUUUUUUCGGUAUCUUUAGGAGUAAGAAGCAAAACACGAGUUGCUUCCCACGCUUGCAUUCCUUUCCUCAUUUUAUGUAAUUUGUAUGUGAAAAAGGAUAAGGUGGUAAAAUAGGAAGGCCGUUGACUUUCUCGGGGCUCUGUGUGUGUAAUCAUGCAUGUUGAAAACCAGCCAGCUGUUACGCUGUCCUCUCUUUUAGAUCUCUCUACCUUCCUGCGUUCCAAAGUUUUGGAAUGCUGUUGUUGUCUGCGAAUAAUUUGCUCUUAGCCAGGAUCAAAUAAAUCUAAUAUUCUACAAAGCUGAGUCGACAGCAAUCUACUUUGUGUUCAGCGUUAUCCUUAGUUUGUGAUUCUUAAUCCAGCAACCUCUGAACAAACAGGGCUCGGGCUCCUGGAGCAAGAUAUUACAAGUUCUUCACUCCACUGGAGGCUCCGGAUUGUUGCAGUGAGUUUUUGAGAAAAUUGGCCCUAACUGCAGCUGAGCGGAGUUUGGACAAUGAAGUGGACUAAUUUCAACUUCUUGGGCUUGCUGUCUCCACAGAUGCAUAUUACAGGCUGUUUUCAUUCCUGCUCUAUUAGGAUAGAUUAUUUUUGUUUGUAAAAGCUGGUGGUUAAUUUUACUACAGUGGUUUACUUGCCAAUGGUUUUGGGGAAUUGGAUGUUAGAAUAGCUUAAAACAAUACUUCCCAGUGUAUUCACCUUUCGAGAGAAUGAAGAUAACUUUGUCUACACAAAUAGGUUUCCUGCCACAGUGCUUGAUCACCAACUGCAUCUUUCUUUGAUGUGCUGAGACCAAAUUUGCAACAAAGUUGAAUAUAAAUGUUCUGUACGACGCUUUGAACGGGCUCUUGUUUGGGGUUCUUUUGACGGCUGGCGUUAGCAUCAUGUUGAUUGUGUGGCUUGUCACACCCAUGCCAACAAUCUUUCAUCUUCUAUGUUUAUUUUUAGGAAAGGUUUGGUGGGUCCUUACAAAGCGAGGUUUCAUGUAUACUGUGCGAACAGUAGAACUUGCGGCAAUUGUGCUCACGAGAGCGAGUGCUGCCUUGGCAAAGCCCCGCUGGGAACACAGCGCGUUUGGGCGGUGUAUGGGUGGAAUGGUAGAUCCGUUGGUGGACCCAUUACUAAAAACUGUUUCAGAGUCUCUUUGAGUGAAUUUCAAGCAAACUAAAAUCCAUGUUUUAAGCUUAGAAGACUGAAACUGGCACUUUGAUAUGAUGACCAGGACUUGGAAAACUUCCUGUCAAGCUAUAGAAGUAAGCUUCUAACUUCUAAGAAAAGAGCUGGGGAGGCAUUCUUACAAUAUUCUGCACCAGAAUCAUGAGCCUAGUUAGAUUUUUCCCUAGUUAGAUAUUUUCCCUUCCCUAGUUAGAUAUUUUCUGAACUUCCUGACAUCAUUUCAUUUGACCAGGGCAGAGUUUUAAAUUUAAAUCUCUGAAAGGAGGUGAGAAUCCCCCAAUAUUAGUAAUACCGCAACAGUCAAAAGACUUCAGGAAAAAGAAUUACAUUUCGCACUUCUGAUUUUGCUAUGUCUCAAAAAGAUGGGGUCUGAACUGGGGUAUUUAAAACUGUGGUUCCUCAUUGCUGCCGUUUCAAGGCUGGUGAAUACCAGAGGAGUAACCUUUUCCUUUUUUCCACCUGUUUUUAGCACGUUGUCAUGAAGCUUUCCAAAGUCAGGAUGGUUAGUUUGGAGCUGUUAUCUUUGCUGCCAGACAGACCUUCACUGAAAAGUUUUGGAUUCCUGAGUGAGGAGCACACACUGAAGUCUUUAUUGCAUUCUUGAAGAGCUUAUUGUAAAAGCAGCGAAAGAAGAGCGAGGGACAGCACAGCACAUUGCGGCCGCUCACCGGGUAACACUGAUCAGCAGGAGCAAAUUCAAGUCAGGAGAGUGUCAAAGCAGCGGUGGACGUGAGCAGCUGCCCAUGAAUGGUUUCCAGACAUGAUGGCCGACCAGCCGCCUCCACUGGAAGCGACGCCGCUCCUGAACGAAGUGCCAAUUCUACCUCACAUGGUGAAUGGGGACAGCAUCCAACAGGUUAUUCUUGUACAGGUGAACCCAGGUGAAACAUUUACGAUUACAACUGAAGAUGGACACAUUCAGUGUAUUCAAGGUCCAGCACAUGUUCCUAUGAUGUCACCAAAUGGUUCUAUGCCACCUAUAUUUGUGCCUCCUGGUUAUGUAUCUCAGGUGGUGGAAGAGAACGGGGUUCGGAAGGUGGUGGUGUUGCCCCACUCGGCCGAAUUCCACCCCUCCAUGCACCCUCCUCCUCCGCCCCACGUGCCGCCCCAUUACCUGCACCAUCCCCACGCGCUGCUGCCGCCGCCGCACCCCGUGUACCCCCCGGUGCCGGGGACGGGGGAGCUGCCCCCCCAGUUCCUGCACCAGCACCCGCCGCCCCACGUUUUCCAGGAACAAGAACCUCGUUCUCAUGGAAGGACAAACUUCAUUCAGCGGGAUGAAAGGAGUCUCAAAAUGCAAGAACACCUGAAGAAAAGGCUAAAAGACAGACAAGCUGGUGGUCAUGCUAACAAUAAACUGAACAGUCCUCCGGCGUCACCACAUAAAGUUGUUAAUUCUUCCAACGCAACAAUUCAGAAUGGGAGCGGCAAGGGCCAGCAAGGGGCCGGAGCGCUAAAGCAGAAGCAGAUCGGAAAAACAAAGGGCGCUGCAGAACCAGAGGUGGCAGAAUCUGACACAGAACCCAAGAAAUGUGAUAUUCACUUGAGCAUUGGCAAGCCAGUCGUUUCUGAUAUACAAGCAAGAUCAGCCGUUCUGUCCUGGAAUCUCCCAGUUAGUUCACAGAAUGGAGAGAGCCAUAGUCAUAGUCCAGCAGCAUUUACAUUUGAAGUAGCAAUAUCCAACAGUGGUAAAAAUGGAAAAUUUAAAUCUGUCUAUGUUGGGGAGGAAUUAACAAUUACGCUUCCUGAUCUCAGACCAGCAACUGAUUAUCAUGCCAGAGUUUCAGCAACCAGCAGCUCCAUAAAAGAAUCCAUUUCGGAGUUAGUGAGCUUUACUACCGAAAGCUGUGAACCAGACUGUCCGGCUGCACCGAAGCUGAUUAACAGGACCAAGAACAGCCUGAGUUUGCAGUGGAAGUCCUCAAAUGACAAUGGUUCCAAAAUAACUAAUUUUCUUUUAGAAUGGGAUGAGGGCAAGAACGGAGCCUUCAAAGAAUGCUACUACGGGCACCUGAAGCAGUACAAACUUACCAAACUCUCUCCUUCGACAAAAUAUUCGCUCAGAUUAGCUGCUAAAAAUGAUAUUGGAAUGAGUGGGUUCAGCGAGACGGUGACGUAUUACACGGCAGGAAUCGUCCCCCCGGCACCGUGUCCCCCGGUGCUGCUGGAAGCGGGGGUGACCUGGCUGGCGCUGCGGUGGAGCCCCCCGCACGGCGUGUCCUGCGACGACGCGCUCACCUACAGCCUGGACGUGGAGGAAGAAGGUUCUGGUUAUGGUUUCCAGCCACAGUACAAUGGAGAUGAACUCUCAUGCACUUUAAGAAACCUUAGGAGGAGCACAUCCUAUAAGUUCAGGCUCUUUGCCUACAACAGCGAAGGAAGGAGCAGCCCCAGCGAGGUGGUGGAACUCAGCACCAACCCCGAGAAACCGGGGCCGCCCGGUAAACCCAGCGUCAAGGGCAAGGUGCAUUCGCACAGCGUCAAAGUCACCUGGGAACCACCCAAAGAUAAUGGAGGAUCAGACAUUACUAAAUACUUUUUGGAAAUCUCAGAAGCAUCAGCUGGAAGCAAAUGGGACACCAUCUACAGCGGCGCCCAGCGCGAGCACGUGUGCGAUCACCUGCGGCCCGGCACCUCGUACAGGCUGAGGGCCCGUUGUGCCGGUAAAGGUGGCGAAAGCCAGGCUUCUGAUGUUCUGACCGUCACAACGGCAGCGGUUCCUCCUGGGCCGUGUCCCUCUCCAUACCUGGCAGGCAAAGCGAAGCCCAAGGAAAUCGCUUUACAGUGGGGCCCACCGUCCGUGGAUGGAGGUUCUGAGGUUACAGAAUAUAUCCUGGAGAUGGCAAGUGCUGACGAAGACGAACGCAGACAAGUGUAUCAGGGCCCAGCCUCUGAAUACGUAGUAACCAGUCUUCUCCCAGGGAGAACAUACUGCUUCUGGAUACGAGCAGCGAACAAAGUUGGGUUUGGCCCCCACUCUGACAAAGCAGAGAUCUGCACCGCCCCAGGACCCCCCGAUCAGUGUUGCAAACCCCUGAUCACUUGUAAAAGCGCGACUUGCGUUGUAGUUUCAUGGGAGAGCCCCGCGUGCAACGGCGCAGAAAUCGGGGAGUACAGGCUGGAGUGGGGGCAGGCGGAGGGGUCCAUGCACAUCGCUUACGCCGGCCCCUGCCAGAGCUACGAAGUCAAAGGUCUCACACCCGCAACCACCUAUUAUUGCAGAGUCCAGGCUGUGAACGUGGCUGGAGUUGGGCUGUUUGGCGAGGCCGGCGUGGUGACAACCCCCGCGUCGGUGCCCGCGCCCGUGUCAGUGCUGCAUUUACUUGAAGAAGAUCAAAUGGAGAUUUCUCUUCCUUUAUCAACGUGCCUUGCGAUUCAAUGGGAAGAACCGUGUUGUCAUGGGUCAGAGAUCACUGGAUAUAAUAUAGAAUAUGGGGAAAAGCAGCUGGUGACUGUUGGAAGAAAUACAAGCCAUGUUCUUGAGAAUCUGCUGCCUGACACUUUGUACAGAAUUAGAGUACAGGCCAUCAACAACUUUGGAGUGGGUCCGUUCAGUCAUUCCAUGAAAGCCAAAACCAAACCACUACCUCCGGACCCGCCCCCCCUGGAAUGCGUCGUCUUCAGCUACCAGAGCCUUAAACUGAAAUGGGGUGAAGGUCCCAGCAGAGCUUUAAUCACCAACCCCACACAAUUCAACUUGCAGAUGGAGGACAGGUUUGGCAGGUUUGUUACCGUUUAUAACGGUCCUUGUCACACAUACAAGGUACAGCGGCUCAGUGAAUCCACUACGUACUAUUUUAAAAUCCAGGCGUGUAACGACGCUGGAGAGGGAGAAUUUUCUGAAGUUUACGCUUUCACUACAACCAAGUCUCCACCCGCAUCUCUCAAAGCACCUAAAGCAAAUCAGCUGGAAGAAAACACUUACGAAAUCACAUGGGAGCCUUUACAGCCCAUGAAGGGAGAUUCCAUUGUUUACAUCCUUCAGCUUGCUGCCGGGAGAGAGUUUGAGCAGGUGUACAAGGGACCAGAGACUUCGUUCCGCCUCCCGAACCUGCAGACAAACUGUGAGUACCGGCUCCGGGUGUGCGCCGGCCGGCAGUCCCAGGACGCGAGCGGAUCGCAAGAACUGUACGGUCCCUACAGCCCCAGCACCGUGUUCUCAUCUCAGAAGCGAGAGCUGGUUCCGCCCUGCGCCGAUUCAACGACAGAGUUGGCAGAGACCAAGAAGACGCUGCGCGAAGAGCGUUUCAUCGCCAUUGUUCUUCUCUGCGGGUUUGCCGUGGUUGCUAUUUUAUUUGCUGUCGUUAUUCAGUACUUUGUAAUCAAGUAGACAAGAGCCUAUUCAGUACUCAGCUUUUUGUACAGAAGCUAUUUCGGGUAUUUAUGGUUAGUUCUAAUUAAAAUCCUCGCUGGAAAUGUAGAGUUUCGUGCAUUUCCACCUAUUGCUGCUGGCCGACAGUGAGGCUGGGUUGGCAGAUCCUUUCCAAAUACCGAACGCAGAUUUCUUGUAGAAAGGGUAAUCCUGGGUCCUCAGUAAUCAGGGUUAGCUGUUAAUAAAACAGCAAGAAAACAAAACACAAACUGCCUUAGCGUGCACAGCGGCGUGUGUGCACACUCCUCCUCUCUCCCAGCUCCAAGCGGGGCCCCCGGCCGGUUCGAGAGAGCGGCGUUGACAGCGCAAGUCCAACUGGAGCCGUGGUAGCCGAGCGCAGCGUUUAAUCAGGUAUCGUUGUAGUUGGGUCUACGUGAAAUACAGCAGCGCAAACGCUUCAGCUUAGAGCCGUACUGAACUGCAAACCGUUACUAGAGCAUACCACAUGUAAUAGGCUGUAGAAGGAAAGCAGAAUAUUGACUUUGACUUUAGCGAUAUUACUACUUUACAGUUACUUUAGUCUUUUUGGAUUCAGUAAUAAUCAUUUCAAGUAGAGGGUGCCGGCAUUUUUAGGUUUUAAUCAAAAUGCUGGACAGGACGGCGAGCGGGCCGGGACGUGUGCCCAGCCCGGCGUCCGGACGCGCCGCUGCAGAAAAGGCCCCUUUUGUAUCGCACAUUUCUGACCGAAACGCUUCCGCCGGUGGGAGCAGCUGUUGGCCCAAUCCGCAUUUCACUCUCAGUGCCUGAGAGAAAAGUAAUUCCCUGUGCUUCUGAUGAAAUCUUCGCAGCCUCCUCAGAAAAGCACAGGUAUUGUCUUUAAGGAGAAAGAGUGCAUUUAUGAUAAAUGUGACGCUAUUUGGCUCAAACUGAGCAAGUGUUUUUUGUACUAUUAUUAACCUAAAAAUAAAAAAAAAAAAGUUCAAACUGCUUUUGGAUGCCCUUCUAACUGAACCCGAGUUAUCAAAUUGUACAUGGAAGAACUCUUUUUAGAUACCAUUGAUAGGACGUUUGAAACGACUUGCUAUCCCAGCGGUAGCAGCUUCACAUUCCAUUGUUUUCUAGCCCGCUAUGAACUGUUCCUGACACUCGUCCUGUUUGUUGUCUGGAGGGGAUUUUGUUGAGGACACUGUGCACUACGUAUGACUGUUGUUGUUCAGUCUGCUGGCGAACACCUACAGACCAGUCUGUCGUCUUUAUGGCCAAUAUUUGGGAAAGCUGGAACUCGCCAAUUUUGACCGUGGGUCUUGCUAACGACAUUGGGAACAUGCCAGAGAAAAGUAGGUUUAGCGUAUUUUUGCCAAGACUAUGGCUACACUUCCUGUACACCAGAGAGAUGCACUUGUUUGUGGAAUGUCGGAUGUGAUAGUGCUACAGGCUACGUAUUUCCAGUAAUUAAUCACUUUAAGGGUCUUUCUCCUAUGGCAGUUGGUGAAUAAUAUUGCGUUAGAGUUCGAGGCAUUGUGUUGUAUUUCAGAUGUGGAAAACCUAAAUUAUGACAUAGUAUCGCUUAAUACUCUUAAAAGUAGAUUUAUGGUGCAAUCUGAAAUUAAUCUUUUCAAAAUGUAAUCUUCAUUUUGUACUCUAUUUAUUUUGAUUAAAAGUCCUGGAAAAAUGUAUGUUUGAAUGUAUUGUUCUACUUGUAGCAGAACUUUAAGUUAAUCAUUUAUUAUAUCAUAGAAAUCUCUCCCUCCAGUGUUGGAAAGAGUUUUAUACAGAUAUUAGUCUUUAGUUUGCAGAAGAGUUUACAAUCUGUCUUUAUUUCUCUUCAUAGUCGACUUCUAGCAAAUAAGAUCCUUCAGCAAAUCUCUGUUGCCAAAGGGUUAUUUCUUUAACUCUUAGAACGACGUUGGUAGAGGUUGAUUUGGCGAUGAUUCUUGUGAUCGUUUUAAAAGUCCGAUUAGGAUUGCAGAGGAAAUACUAACAAGUCCUGACUCCUCAAACGUGAAAGUUCUGCUGGAGUUGCCACAGAAGACUCACGUUUCGGAAAAUACCUGCGAGAGCCGACCGCAGUACCCGUGUUCCAUCAGCUCUUGUCCAUUCCAGAACGAUGUACCCAAGUGGCAUUAAUGUAUUAGGUAUCUUCAGUUUUCUUGUAUCGUAAUGUUGAGGUAUCUCAAACUUAUGUUAAAGCCGCCAUGCAUUGUAUUACUAAAUUGUAACUAUCAAAUAGAUAAUAUAUUUAAUACAGCCAAUAAAUAAUACAAAUGUAUUCAAAUUUGA